AUGAGCAAUCCUGAAGCCCAAGGUUUUAAAAAAAUAUCCGAAGAAACCCAAUCUAAGCCAGCUCAAACGAAUCCUUAUGGUCCAAACCCUGCUGAUUUCUUGUCGAAUGUUUCCAAAUUCCAAUUGAUCGAAUCGACUCUUAGAGAAGGUGAGCAAUUUUCCAACGCUUUCUUUAGUACCGAAAAAAAAAUUGAAAUUGCCAAAGCCCUCGAUGAUUUCGGGGUGGAUUACAUUGAAUUGACCUCUCCUGUUGCUUCCGAACAGUCCAGAGCUGACUGUGAAGCGAUUUGUAAAUUAGGGUUGAAGGCCAAAAUCUUGACUCAUAUCAGAUGUCAUAUGGACGAUGCUAGAGUUGCCGUGGAAACCGGGGUCGAUGGUGUUGAUGUCGUCAUUGGUACCUCCUCAUUCCUUAGAGAAUACUCCCAUGGUAAAGACAUGACCUACAUCACCAACGCUGCCGUUGAAGUGAUUGAAUUUGUCAAAUCCCACGGGAUUGAAAUCCGUUUCUCAUCUGAAGAUUCGUUUAGAUCGGAUAUUGUUGACUUGUUGAAUAUUUACAAAACGGUCGACAAGAUUGGGGUGAACAGAGUGGGGAUUGCUGAUACCGUUGGUGGUGCCAACCCAAGACAAGUUUACGACUUGGUGAGAACUUUGAAAUCCGUGGUGCACUGUGACAUUGAAUGUCAUUUCCAUAACGACACUGGUUGUGCCAUUGCUAACGCUUAUACUGCUUUGGAAGCGGGGGCCAAAUUGAUCGAUGUUUCUGUGUUGGGGAUUGGUGAAAGAAAUGGUAUCACCCCACUUGGUGGGUUGAUGGCCAGAAUGAUUGCCGCUGACAGAGAAUACGUUUUAUCCAAAUACAAGUUGCACAAAUUGCGUGAUUUGGAAAACUUGGUGGCCGAAGCCGUCCAGGUCAACAUCCCAUUCAAUAACCCAAUCACCGGGUUCUGUGCCUUCACCCACAAGGCUGGUAUUCACUCUAAGGCUAUCUUGGCUAACCCAUCCACUUACGAAAUCUUGAACCCAAGCGAUUUCGGGUUGACCAGAUAUAUUCAUUUCGCCCACAGAUUGACCGGUUGGAACGCUAUCAAGACCAGAGUUGACCAAUUGAACUUGCAUCUUUCUGAUACCCAAGUCAAGGAAGUCACCGCCAAAAUUAAGAAAUUGGCUGAUAUUAGACAAUUGAACAUUGACGAUGUUGACUCUAUCAUUAAAGACUACCAUGCUGAUGUCCAAACCCCAGUGGUGGCUCCAGUCGCUGAUACUAAGGUCGAUUCCUUGGAUAUUAGUGAAGAACCAGAAACCAAAAAACAAAAAACCGCUUAA